UCUUCAAAGUGGCUUGUGCAGAAUCGGGCCUCCGUAUAUCGUACCAAUCUACCUUAGACGGUUCGUGCUUGGGUUUUAAGGUCAGGGGAUAACACUGUUGAUUGUGGAGGGUUUUGCACAUCUCGCCCCCGGUAUCUGCGGUGGCAGUGGGGGAGAAUCACCCUCGACGUGGACGUGGUCAGUUGGCGUGUCCCGACUUGGAGUGACGGCUGUACAGUCCUAUGAUUCCUCCUAAACAUUGCUGCACUGGCCCCUUUUCUCACAAACUAUACCGCUAACUUUACUUAUUUUGUGACCUACUUACAACUUCAGCGUCGGAACUUGAAGACAGUCGGGGUUCAAGAUGUCUGUAGCGGGCUUGAAGAAACAGUUUUAUAAAGCCAGCCAGAUGGUAAGUGAGAAAGUCGGAGGUGCAGAAGGAACUAAACUCGAUGAUGACUUCAGGGACUUGGAACGGAAAGUAGAUGUGACCAGUAAAGCAGUAGUGGAUGUAAUCUCCAAAACAUCAGAGUACCUUCAGCCCAACCCAGCAUCUCGGGCCAAACUGUCCAUGUUGAACACCAUGUCUAAGAUUCGUGGUCAGGUGAAGAACCCAGGCUAUCCUCAGGCCGAGGGCCUGCUAGGGGAGUGUAUGGGCAAGUAUGGACGGGAACUGGGAGAGGACACUAACUUUGGUGGAGCAUUAGUAGACGUAGGAGAAGCCAUGAAGAGAAUGGCAGAAGUCAAAGACUCUCUAGACAUCGACGUCAAACAGAACUUCAUUGAUCCGUUGCAAGGGCUCUGUGAUAAGGACCUCAGAGAGAUACAGCACCAUCUUAAGAAGCUUGAAGGCCGUCGCCUGGACUAUGACUACAAGAAAAAGCGUCAGGGCAAGAUCCCAGAUGAGGAGGUUCGACAGGCCCUGGAGAAGUUUCAUGAGUCAAAGGAAGUGGCCGAGACCAGCAUGUACAACUUGCUGGAGACUGACAUCGAGCAGGUGAGCCAGCUCUCAUCUCUGGUGGAGUCCCAGCUGCAGUACCACAGACAGGCUGUGCAGGUGCUGGAUGAGCUUUCUGACAAACUCAGAGACAGGAUGAAUGAGGCUCAGUCUCGACCAAGACGUGAAUACACACCCAAACCCAAACCUAUCUUUGACUUUGGCGACAACAACCAUUCAAACGGCGGCUACUCAACCUCAAUGGCUCCUCCACCUUCAUGUAACUCAGCCCCGGAGCAGCCGAGCUGUAAGGCACUGUAUGACUUUGAGCCAGAGAACGAGGGAGAGCUGGGCUUCCACGAGGGCGAUAUCAUCACCCUGACCAAUCAGAUCGACGAGAACUGGUAUGAGGGCAUGCUGAAUGGCCAGUCGGGAUUCUUCCCUCUCAACUACGUCGAGGUCCUCGUUCCGUUGCCACACUAAUACAAAGAGAGGAAGAGAGCUGAGAGGAGACUGAUGGAGAUGAGAGAGCAAGUAGAGUUAGUAGAGAGGGAGGAAAGUGAAGCCAAGGGAUGGUCCGCAGAAGAUUCAUUUUCACCUUCAGCUCCAAUGUCAUCCUUACAGAUGAGCACUUUUUGUCAUCUAGAGUUCUGGGGAAGAUGGUUACAUUUCAAAGUCCAGACCAUAACAUAUCAACCUGUUCCACCCAAAGGUGAAAGGACCUAGACUAAGAUGGACACAAAAUGUCGUUACCCGUUAUCUGACAGUCAGAAACAUUUCUUGAGGACUAACUGAUGAAACAUUUAUAAGCAAUAUUUUUCUUUAACCACAAAUUACUGAUCUAGUAAAGAGAACUGUAUUAAAUUUGGUGAUUAUUAUGAUGCCUGAGAUGAUGCAUUUAUAUAAUGCUCUCUGUGUGACUGCAGUCUGUUUAAAACUCAGGUUGGUCACCAGUUGAACAGUCAGUUUUCAGACUGGAGAGGCCAACUCAAACUUCGCAGUAAUGUCAUGUAACUUGACUGAAUUUUAGACUUAUUUUUAAACUGAAAAGUUUGUCUGCCCCUUAAAGAACUGGGUCUCAUCUCUUGAUGCCCCCUGCUGGUGUGAGUGAGAUUUACUUUUACCCAAACUAAAAUUGAACUACAACUGAAAAGAAAUGUUUUAGUGGAUCUAAAAAAAAUCUUCUUCACAUUUUUUAUGAGAAACAUGAGCCAAAAUUUAUCUCACAUGUGUGAUUUAGAUUGUUUUCAGGUUUUGGCCUAUUUGUUAAUGUUCUUUUUCUAAGCUGUGAUGACGAUAGCUUCAGAAGACAACAGUGGGUUCUUUUAUUAUUGUUUCAGUAUUUGAUUUACAUUAGUCUCAACUUAAGACAGUAGUUAUUAAGAGUAGAACUGCUUACUGAAUAAGUGAGAAAAUGUAAUUGCACCUUGGUCCUCAAAUGAGAUUGAUGUGUGUGUGACAGACUUACUCCACCAUUAUACAAAGACCCAAAGUUAAAUGCAGACAUUGCACCUUUUUGUCACUUAAGGCAGGCAUGUGUAGAAAUGCAGAAUGAUUAGUCAUUUAAUGGUUGUUUGUUGGUCUGUUUAAUAGAAGAGACGGAGCCAAAAAGUCUUUAUAAAAUGCAAUAGCAACACAUUGCUUAGUAAACUGCUAAAUAUUCUUAUACAGCCAUAUAUUCAUUUAGUUUUAGGCCUGUUUGUCUUACCUUGUUAAGUCCUUUACUUUAUUUUCUAAUAGGCGCCUGUUAACUCCGCCUGAAUAGACGACGCUGCUGGCAGCGACUCAGCCUUUCUUAUACAUCACUAACUGUCCUACUUUUUCUGUCUGCCCUCAUGUCUUUGAGAAUGUGAAAGUCAUCUCUGCUUUGAAGCUUGGUCUGACCCUGUGAUUCUGAUCAUUCACAAUGGCUCUGAUUCGAUUUAUUUGUUAGUAUAAUAUGGGUUGAUGUAGACUUCUAUCUAUUGAGACAAGGCUGGUUUCUUGUUUUGGAUCGAGCCACAGUUCACACAUGCAGAUGGAGUUUAAUCCACAAUACACUGGACAGUAUGAGGGAAAGACCUGGAGUGAAAGGGAAACCAUCAAGGGAAAAGUUUGGACUAAUUUGGGGAACCCUUGUUAUCAAACAUUAAAGAAGUAUAGUCAGUGCAAUUGUCUUAGGGGUGAAAAAAGUUUUAAUUGUGAAUGACAAAUACGUGCUCUUUCACUGUUUGCAGUAUCUUUCUGAUCAUCUCUGUUAUGUGUGUUUGUCCUUCACUCCAUGCUGCCAAACACGUCCCCCAAUCCUGAGUUUGGUCCUUGUCUUUACAUGUUUACAUCUCUGAUCUUUCUACAUUUGAUUGCUUGUAUCAAGUUCAGGGUAAAGUUAAAGGACUGUUGGAGGUGCUGUCUCGAUCACACUGUUGUCAAAAAAAAAAAACAAGUCCUUGCUAGCUUUGUUUUUAGUGCCUUUGGAAAAGAAAGGAGGGAAAGAACCGCAACUAAUACAGCAACCAAAACCUAACCUAGCUACUUAAGAACAAUGGUCAAGAAUUUCUUUUUUCUACUUUUGGUUUUUUUUUCUUGCCAUUGGCAUUUUUCCUGUGUAAAGAUGAAAUGCAUGGGUGCACAUAUCUGCACAUUUGUGACACUACAGCAGUUUCCUAAACAUGUUGUGUUUAGAUAAUGUGAGGUUUAUCAGCAAACCACCGAAGGAAACUGUUUUUAUGUAGAUUUUAAUCCAUGUUUUAAAAAAUGUCCCAUUGAUUCCUUUUUUUAAAGGGCUAUGCAUUUGUUUAAUCAGUCUUAAAUGCUCUUUUGAACAGCGUUAAAUCAUUCUGGCUCUCUAUAGUAUUAUUUUUUAUAUACAAGACCUUUAAAUUAAUCUUUGCAUGUAGUCCUGUAUCAAACCUUGUAAAUGUAUGUCUUAGAUUUAAGUGGCCUUUUUACUAUCGGUAUGAGUACAGAAUUUAACCACAAUAUUUUGUCUUUUAUUAUCAAAGUAUUUGUAUGUGCUUCUUUCUCGUCUCCCACCUCCCCCAUUCUUACAAUAAAUAAAAAGAAAAAUGU